AUGAGGGGGCUGAGCGGGUGGGCGCGCAUGCGAGCCGCGUGGGCGCUGGAGGACCGCGAGAGAGACGCCGCUGCUGCUGCUGGUGCCGUAGCAGCAGCAGGUGGGAAGCAGUUGGCCGUGGAAGGGCAGGGAGGUGGGGAGGGGAAGGGGGCUUUGCAGAACGUGGGCGCGUGGGCACGGGGGGAGGCGUUUGUGGGGGAGGUGGUGCCGUUGGAGGUGGUGGGGGAUGAGGAGGCGAUGGCGCUAGCAGCAGCGGAGGCGGGGCACAUAAGGCUGCACGGCGAUAAGCCCACCACGGCAAAAGCGGUGCUUGCUAGGGUGCGCCGCAAGCCACUUGCAGAUGAGCGGCUAGCGAAGGAGGAGGAGCUGAGGGAGCGCUUGCGCGACCUGGCCUGGCUGCACGACACCCCUUUUGGUGUGCCCACCUUCUCGUGUGCUCCCCCCUCUCGUGUGUCUUCCCCCCUUGUGGCCCCACCCAUCCAUGCUCCCACUAGACUAACCCAGCGUGAGUACAACGUCAUGUGUGGGCGGGACGUGCGACUGCACAAGGACCCUCUGGCCAUCCGCAUGGACAAGAAGCAGUGCAAGCGCGUGUGGGGCGGCGACCCCAUGUACCCCACGGUGAACUACGAGCAGGCGCCCAGCCACGGGGUGGACAACCGCGGCCUCAACUUCAACGAGCCCAGCGAGGACCCCUUAAGCGUCCUAGGCAAGGUGGUGACACAGGAGCAGAUGGAGGCCAUCAUGACACGCGAGCAAGAGGAGGAGGCGGUGAGUCACACCUCUUAA